AUGAACAAUCAAUUUAUGGAAAAAAAAUAUUAAAAAACAAAAAGGAGCAAAAGAUAUGAAAUAACAACUUCUGAAGAAAGAGCUUAGAUUAUUAAUAUGAAGAAAAAGGGGGCUACAUGCAGGGAAAUAAGUGAAACAUUAAAAAAAAACUUAAAAACUGUAUAGUCAAUUAAAUCAAUAGAAAAAAGGUCUGGAUAUUGUGAAUUAAAGAAAGCCUUAAUAAAUUUUGGUUAUGAUUGGGUAAUUCAAAAUUAAAAUUUAGAUGUAAUCUUAAUUUCUAUUUAAUAUAGUUUGAAAAUACAAGAAGGUUAACUAAAACUGUGAACAGAUUAAUUAAAGAACAAUUAGCUUCUAAUUCAUCAGAAUUUCAAAAUUUAAUCCCUGAAAAUAAGAAAUUAUCAAAUAAAAGAAGAAUUAUUCAAUAAAUUGUUGAUUCAAUUGUUUAAAAAGUCUUAAACCAAAGGUAAGCUACCGUAACUCCAAAUUUGACAAAUUAAUUUAAGAUUAUUCCAAAAGAAGAAGAGCCAGAUAUUUAAGUUAUAAAUUAAUAAUACCCAUUCGAAUAACUUUCCGUUUUACAAAUGAUUUAUGCAUACACUUAAUUUAUGAAAUCAGUUGAAUAAUAGAAUGAUCUUAAAAGUUGA